AUGCCACAAUUACAUGUAAAUCCACUGCAUCCUCCCAAUCACACCAGAACAAGAGGAAAUUCAGGUCCAACUCACCAUCAUCACUCGCACCACUCACACCAUCACCCAACGUCAACACAUCACACGAGACAAGUCAGUAAUCCAUCUCCACCUUCUAACAGCAGUCCAGAUAACAUAAUUAAAUUUAUUUCUGAUGAAGAUGAAAAGCAUAACUCCGACAAAUUCAAGAAAUCUCUCGGAUAUACCAGUUUCACAGGAUCCUAUUGGGCAGGAGGUUCUUCAGAUAAGGCCUAUCUUGCUGUAUUUGAUGUACAUGUUGGCAAACAAUUGGAAGUUACUAAUUGGGAUCACACACUUUCGGAUUUCACAGAAGAAUCCUUGACGAAUUAUAAUGGACAAGAUUAUGAUUCAUUAUUUGCAAAAGCAAAGAAUGGAUUCUUGCUUAAUAAUGAAUUUAUAGUGUAUAACUCAGCUCAAUGCACAAUCAAGUUUAUGGUUGAAAUUAAACAAUAG